CCGUACAGCUGUGAAGAGUGUGGGACAACUUUCACUCAAUCAGGUGAUCUACAAAAACAUCAACUUCACACAGGAGAAAAACCUUACAGCUGUGAAGAGUGUGGGACAACUUUCACUACAUCAAGUAAUCUCAAAAUACAUCAACAUAUUCACACGGGAGAAAAACCGUACAGCUGUGAAGAGUGUGGGACAACUUUCAGUACAUCAGGUGAUCUACAAAAACAUCACCGUAUUCAUACUGGAGAAAAACCGUACUGGUGUGAAGAGUGUGGGAAAACGUUCACUCAAUCAAGUGCUCUCAAAUCACAUCACCGUAUUCAUACUGGAGAAAAACCGUACAGCUGUGAAGAGUGUGGGAAAACGUUCACUUCAUCAAGUGCUCUCAAAUCACAUCACCGUAUUCAUACUGGAGAAAAACCGUACUGGUGUGAAGAGUGUGGGAAAACGUUCACUACAUCAAGUGCUCUCAAAUCACAUCUUCGUGUUCACACAGGAGAAAAACCAUAGUGGUUUUAAGAGUGUAGGAGCUGCAAUUAAGCAUAUUUAGUUUUUUUUCACAGUUUACAAUAAACGAUUCCCAUCUAUAGAGUGGCGAAGUCACGCCCAUCUACUUCCGCUCGAUGGGACCUUAUUUCGGAAAAAUAAUGUAUUGAAGUCAAUGGAGAGAGAAAACUUAUCUUUCGAUCCUGUUUGAAUAGUGCCAUGAAUUACACAUAUGAUGUUUGUCAAUCUUAAAAAAUAAAUUCCAUGUCAAAAAAGUCACAGUUGAAAUAAGACUAUGAAAAAUACGCAACUACAAAGAUUACUAAUCCCAGAUUGUGAUGUCACAAUCGUUUUCCUCCACCAAUGGCGCGUUUCCACUGCAGCGGGUAGCUCACUUUAAGCGCGCCGAGCCGUGCGGGGCCCGUUUUUGGUUGCGUUUCCACUUGGCCUAGUUUUGGCCAGAGGCUACUUUUUCACCUUUUUUCUGGCCCGACUAAAUCGUGGUUCUAUCGAGGCCAACAAGCGGGGCCAACAACCGGGCGGAAUAUGCUAAACUACUGACGACUGCUGAUUGGUCAGAGAGAAUCGUCACAAUUCUCGCGUGACUUAGUGUCGCAUAUAUUAAGGGACGCUUGCAGCAUUUGUGUAAACCUAAGAAAAUGGCAAAGAAAAACAUACCGUGGUCGAUUGACGAAGUUGCGACGUUCCUCCAGAUGAUAAAAUCCAGCGGGAGCUCGACGGCACAACUCGCAACCUAAACGUUUUUCAGGAGGUCUCUGCACUGUUGUCCGAGCGCGGAUUCUCAAGGACUUUCCAGCAGUAUAGGGAAAAACUGAAAAAGCUUAAGAGUGAGUAUAGAGCCGUGAAGGACCACAACGGCCGGAGUGGUUCAGAUAGGAAAAGCUGGAAGUGGUUCGACCUGUUGGACGCUAUUUAUGGCCAUAGACCGGCCAACGUUGGGAGGGAGGGAGGCCUGGACUCUGCAACCGCGUUACUGGAGUCCCUGCAUGAUGAUGCCAUUGGGACUAGUGAGGAGGAACAGUCCCGAACAACGGGUGGUGGCAGUGUUCCGUCCUCAACAUCAUCAGAACACUCCUAAACUCGACCACAGACACCAGUCGAAGAACCGACACCAACGCCGAGUGCCAUCACGACACCGCAGCGUGUCUAAACUUUAGAUCAUCCAUCGUCAUUAAGCAAGAGGAAACGAGGAGGAGACGAGCGCCUUGCACAGCAGGCACGGCACCAUGAACAGAGCCUGGCCCAGGUGGAUCGGCACUGGCAGCUGACCAUGGAGGCUGUUGCCCGGGCGAGGGAGGAGGAAAUGGCCUUGAGAAGGGAGGAGAACGCUCAAACUCAUGCGUUUAACCUGGCCUUCCUGCGCACUCUCGGCCAGGUUCUAGGGGGCAGCCGACGUGGCCCGUCUCCUCAGGAAGACGAACCACCUCUGUAAUUUUAAUAUUAUAAUAAUAAUAAUUCAUUUAUUUUAUAUAGGCGCCUUUCAAGGCUCUCAAGGUCGCCGUACAAACACAUAAAAAAACAAGAUACACAAUACCUAACACCAGCAUAAGAAACACAAACAAGACAAUGCAACAAAUCAAAUAAAUAAAACAGAGGAUGUGUGAUGGAUAAUGAUCAGGGUGGAUAUGCGAGUGUGAAGAGAUAUG